AUGUCAAACCCUAAAUCCCCAAACCACCGGUGCACUUAUGAUGCAUUCUUGAGCUUCAGGGGCACAGAUACACGCAAGGGAUUUACUGAUCACCUCUACAGGGCUUUGGAGGUGGCAGGGAUCCACACUUUUAGAGAUGAUGACGAAAUCGAGAGAGGAGCAAAUAUUUCAGCAGAGCUUCAAAAAGCAAUACAAGAGUCUCGAGUAUCCAUCAUUGUCUUCUCCAAGGACUACGCUUCCUCGAGAUGGUGCCUGGAUGAACUAGUGACGAUCAUGGAUCGUAGAGAAACUAAUGAGCACAUGGUUAUGCCGAUUUUCUAUGAUGUGGAUCCAUCCCAUGUCAGGAACCAGACAGGAAUUUUUGAAGAAGCAUUUGCCAGACACCAACAGCGCUUCAACAAGGAGAUGGACAAGGUGGAGAAGUGGAGAAAAGCUCUCUUUUUCUUUUAUCUCAUGGAGUUGUACGAGUCGCAGUUUAUCCAAGAAAUAGUUGAAGUUAUUGGAAAUAAACUGGAUCACACAUGGAAUAGGAGAUUAAGAGUCGAUCCCUAUGUAGUUGGAAUAGAUUAUCGUGUGAAAGGCCUAAACAUGUGGUUAGAAGAUGGAUCAAGUGAUGUUGGAGUAGCUGUAGUCUAUGGGAUGGGUGGAAUUGGCAAGACCACCAUUGCCAAGAUUGCUUAUAACCAGAAUUUCAAUAAAUUUCAAGGUAGCAGCUUUCUUGCAGAUAUUAGAGCAACUUCGAAACUUCCCAAUGGUUUGGUUCACUUGCAAAGGAACCUUCUUUCAGAUCUCCAAAAGGGGAAAGCAAAGAAAAUAUACAACUUGGAUGAAGGAAUUACAAAGAUCAAACGGGCGAUACGUUGCAAAAGAGUUCUUAUUGCUCUUGAUGAUGUGGACAACUUGGAACAAUUCAAUGCAAUUCUUGGAAUGCGAGAAUGGCUUCAUCCAGGAAGUAAAAUAAUCAUAACAACUAGACAUGAACAUUUGUUAAAGGCUCAUGAGAAUUGUGCAAUAUUUAAGGUGGAAGGGUUGCAUGAGUAUGAAUCACUUGAGCUUUUCAGUUGGCAUGCCUUUGGACAACCCCAUCCUGGCGAAGGUUACAUGGAUUUUUCAAGACCUGUAGUGCAACACUGUGGAGGGGUUCCAUUAGCUCUUCAAGUUCUAGGAUCUUCUCUCUUUGGAAAAGCUGCAGAUGGUACAGAAACUAUUAAGGGCCUCAUGCUCAACAUUCCUGUGUUAAUAAAAGAUGAGUCUUCUAAGAUAAUAUCCAAUGGAAGUAACAGAAAAAGAUUCCACGUUGAAGAUUAUGAUGGAAACUGUUCAAGCAGCCGAAGUUGGCUUGGUUUCUUCUCCUGGCAGUCAAUUAGUUCUUCUUCAACAAACUCAUUUCCUGUGUCAAAUGAGAUAGGUUUCAAAACAGAGGCAUUUAGAAGGAUGCACAAUCUUGAACUCCUGGUGCUUGAAAAUGUAAAAAUCAGUGGAGGCUAUGAAGAUUUCCCAAAAAAUUUAAUAUGGUUGUCUUGGCGAGGAUUCGCUUUAAAGUCAAUACCAACCAAUUUUUACUUGGACAGUCUAAUUGCUCUUGAGUUGCGGAACAGCAGCCUCCAACAUGUUUGGAAGGGAACUAGGUUUCUUCCAAGACUGAAAAUCUUAAAUCUCAGUCAUUCACAUGGCCUUGUGACAACCCCUGACUUGUCAGAAUUCCCUAACCUCGAGAGAUUAAUUCUUGAAGAUUGCAUAAAUUUGAAAGAGGUGGAUGAAUCCAUUGGAGAUUUGGAGAAACUUGUUUUCUUGAAUCUAAAAGAUUGCAAAAAUCUCAUGAAGCUUCCAAUAAGAAUUAGUAUGCUGCGAUCUCUCCAGGAACUUAUUCUCUCUGGUUGCUCAAAUCUUGUGCUGCCUGCCAGUAUGAUCGUUAAAAAUCAGUCAGACUCUACACCUAGUGACAUGAAGAAACUCAGUCUGUUAUCUGCAGUUAAAUCGUGGCAAUCAAUCCAAUCAUGGUUGCCUAUCCUCAUUGGACUAUUUGAAUCUAAGUGGAAACCCAUUUUUGAGCCUAUCAGUAAACAUGAAUGGUCUUAG